UGGGCCAUGGACCUUGGCCUGGGCUCCUGCUUACUCCGUCACCCUGAAAUGGCAGCCGAUCUCAUCUCUUCCGCUCGUCAGAUAGCUCCUCGAUGGAUAUCAUCUGCCUUUGAUCAUACAUCAGCUCGCUAUCUCUUUGGAUCUAAUGGGGACACUUGUGCCACUGAACCGACCGAUUUAUUCGAGUCGCAUAAAGCCGGUCCCGACUCCAGUAUCUUGCCAUUCCGCAGGUGCACGAAUUUAGGCCUGGCCGAGGAUACAGGACUUCCUAAUAAAAGUAUACAAUGCGGGAGUAGAGCACGCCUGAUAAAACAUGUAAUUGAGAAGGAAACUCGUCCGUUUUCAAUUAGCGCUAAGAUCAGGUUCGGUACUGGCCUGGGUCCAAGAGCCUGUGGCGGCUCUUCCGAACAAGUUGGUCCAGAGAAGUUAUAA